AUGUCAGCCGCAAGAGAUAUUCGUCCUCGUCAGGAUGACUUGUCCGCCCUCGCUACCUCGCCAUCCGCCUCUUUCCAUUCCCCCUCCAGCCACUCUGCUCUGAGCCGCACCGUCCCAGUCGUGAAUGCGAAGCAUCUGAAGCCAUUCGCCACAGAAGACAUCAAGGUUCUUCUCUUGGAAAAUGUCAAUCAGACUGGUCGUGAGAUUCUGUCCAAACAGGGUUACCAGGUUGAAUUUCUCAAGUCUUCCCUUUCGGAAGAUCAGCUCAUUGAGAAGAUUCGUGAUGUUCACGUUAUCGGUAUUCGCUCAAAGACCAAGCUCACUGCACGAGUUUUGAAGGAGGCUAAGAACCUCAUUGUCAUUGGUUGCUUCUGUAUCGGUACCAACCAGGUUGACCUCCAAUAUGCUGCCGAUCACGGUAUUGCCGUAUUCAACUCCCCUUUCAGCAACUCCCGCAGUGUCGCCGAGCUGGUCAUCGGUGAAAUGGUCAUGCUUGCCCGCCAAUUGGGUGAUCGCUCCAACGAGAUGCACAAUGGCACCUGGAACAAGGUCAGCAAUGGGUGCUGGGAGAUCCGAGGAAAAACUCUUGGUAUUAUUGGCUAUGGUCACAUUGGUGCCCAGCUGUCAGUGUUGGCCGAGGCAAUGGGUAUGUCGGUUAUCUACUUCGAUGUGCUCAACAUCAUGUCUUUGGGUACUGCUCGCCAAGUCGACAACUUGGAUGAGCUCUUGGCCCAGGCCGAUUUCAUUACCUGCCACGUGCCCGAGAUUACCGAGACCAAGGGCAUGAUCGGACCGAACCAGUUCGAGAAGAUGAAGAAGGGAAGUUACUUGAUCAACGCUAGCCGUGGAACUGUGGUGGACAUUCCCGCUUUGAUUGAUGCCAUGCGCAGCGGUAAGGUCGCUGGAGCUGCUCUCGAUGUCUACCCCAACGAGCCCGCCGGAAACGGUGACUACUUCAACAGCGAGUUGAACACCUGGGGAGCUGACUUGCGCUCGCUCAAGAACCUGAUCCUGACCCCUCAUAUCGGUGGAAGUACCGAGGAGGCCCAAAAAGCUAUUGGUGUCGAGGUUGCUCAGGCUCUGGUCCGAUAUGCCAACGAGGGCUCCACUCUUGGUGCUGUUAACUUGCCCGAGGUUGUCCUCCGUUCAUUGACUAUGGAUGAACCCAACCACGCUCGUGUCAUCUACAUCCACAAGAACAUUCCUGGAGUGUUGCGCAAGGUCAACGAGAUCAUCGGGGACCACAACGUUGACAAGCAGAUGACCGAUAGCAGAGGCGAUGUUGCCUAUUUGAUGGCCGAUAUCAGCAAUGUUGACGUUGCUACCAUCAAAGAUCUUUACACAAGACUCGAGAGCCUUCCUUCUCGUAUCAUGACCCGUGUUCUGUACUGA